CCUCUCCUUAGAAGCAUUUACUUCUUACUUAUCAAUAUACUCCAUCACUUCCUUAUCAUACAAGUUCAUCCGCGUCAGAGUACAAUGUGCUUCAAGCCGAAACAGCUCCCAUAAAGCCUCAAAGAGCCGACCGGCAAUUCUUACGAUCCAAGCGCUAGUUAUGCUUAUAUUUGUAUCUGGAUAAGUCUGCACCUUAGAUGGUUCCACACAAAGCUCAACAUGGCAGCUGCUCAAACACUAUAUGCCUUUGACCAAAAUUCAAGCUUGGAAUCUGGAAAUUCUCCGCGCAGGAAUCCGCGGCAGAAUGCAGCUACUGGAGCCUCCGCUGCUGGGGUUCGUGCACUGAGUGCUCAGCUGGUUGCAUUCUACUUCAGGGCACCUAUUAAGGCAUUUUUUCGCACUCGGGUUGAUUAUAUGGCCUUUGCUAGGGCUGUUAAUCCUCAUACUACAAAAACCGGUUGGUCUUUACACACAACCACUCCUGGAUUACUUGUCCAUGCUGUUCGCACAUACGGAUGGCGCUUCAUCCCCAAUCAAGUUAUGCCCCCUCUGUUGGCAAACGCCGGAAUUGGAGCCGUCCUUUACACGUCAUAUCUUCAAGUCCUUAGUGCUUUGUACGAGCCAGUGUCUCAAGGCAUAAAGCGCGUAUACCCACCUGCCCCCCCUUCAAGUACAUUUGCAGCUGGUUUCAUAGCCGGCACGAUCCAGUCCAUAGUAGCUGCUCCUUUGGAUGCUCUUCAGGUUCGUCUCCGAGCGAACGACUUACUCGAGGGCCCAUACAGGAGUAUGUGGCAUUAUGGUCGCCACAAACUCAACCAAAUUGGGGUCCGUGGUAUUUUUGCAGGCUGGGCCUUGUCCUUCACGCGCGAUGCCUUUGGUUAUGCAGUUUUCUUUUCUUUCUUCGAGUUCAUGAAGUCGCAGGCCUACUAUUCCUUCCUCACCUGGUACUACGGCUCACGGCACACUUGUUGCUUGGAUGGGUCACAGCACAGCCAAAGUGAUCGAGGGGUACCACUUAUUAGACCUCAUUAUGCUCUGGAGCCAUGUUUCCUAAUGGCUGCAGGUGUUGUUGCAUCAGUGGCUCAACAAAGCAUACAGCACCCGCUAAGUGCGAUACAAAACCUUCACGUCUCUCGCUUAGAAUACCUUGACCAUAAGGCGAGACUUCGCCCUUCAAGGCGGGAAAUGCUACGCCUGUACUACUCUGCCUACCAGGAAACAUACAAACGAUGCAAAAGAAAGGCGUCCAGGGCAGGUGGCUGGGGUCGUUGGCUGUUUCGCGGGUUUGUAAAGGAUGCUAUUCGACAGGUUCCCAGCACAAGUGCAGGGUUGGUGAUCUUUGAGGUGAAAUACAAGAGUGGCAAAUUGCUGACGGGUAUCUACGAUAAUACUAUUUCUGUUACAACGAUUUCUGCCCAAUAUGUGUACAACUUGGCCAUUGUGACCAUCAAUCAGACUUUGAGUCCCGCCUUUGAAGAAAGUUGA